AACAAUGGGAGUAACCACCACGUGAUUGAUGCGUCACGGUCGCGCGAUCACCGAAUACAACAAACAUUUGAAACAUCGAAGAAUAAUUGUUGUUGUUGUACGAUACCAUGAACCAGCCACCGCCGACUUCCUGUCAUUCCAAAGUUGAACUUCGAAUAUCUUGUAAAGAUUUAUUGGACAAAGAUAUCUUGUCGAAGUCGGAUCCAAUAUGCGCGGUGUUUUGGUGUCGAGAUGGAAGAUGGGUUGAGCAAGGAAGGACGGAGAUGAUCAUGAAUAAUUUAAACCCCCAGUUUGCGAAGACGAUAUUACUUGAUUAUUAUUUUGAGGAGGUUCAAAAGUUAAAGAUAUCUGUAUUUGAUAUCGAUGAUGCUUCGCAAAACCUCAGCCAAGCUGAUUUCUUGGGAGAGGUUGAAACAACGUUGGGCCAUAUCGUUUCUCACGGAUCAAUCACCGAGAAUUUAAAAUUGGUCGACAAACGACCCGCUGGUAAAGGAACAAUAACGGUCACAGCAGAAGAACAAAGUGGAAGCAAAGAAGUUGCAACGGUUUCAUUUAGCGCAAAUAAACUUGAUAAAAAGGAUUGGUUUGGAAAGUCCGAUCCUUAUCUUGAGUUGCACCGCGUCGGACCUGAUGGGCGAAUGUUGAUGAUUCAUAGAACGGAGUACGUUAAGAAUACGUUGGACCCGAAGUGGAAACCCUUUAAAAUAUCGGUUCAGGCGUUGUGUGGGGGGGAUUAUGACGCGCAGAUAAUCAUACAUUGCUACGAUUGGAACAGCAACGGGUCAUGUGACCUCAUCGGAACGUUCAACGCAACAUUCCGUAAUUUCCUUGAAGCUUCCACAACCAAAGCAACGUGGGAUUGUAUGAAUCAAGAAAAGAAGAAAAAGAAAGGAAAUAAAUAUAAAAACUCCGGUGUUAUUUGCCUCGAUUCUUGCAAAGUUGAAACUGAAUAUUCGUUUCUUGACUUCAUUCUCGGUGGCUGCCAGAUCAAUUUCACGGUUGCAAUCGACUUCACUGGAUCGAACGGAGACCCCCGUAACCCACAAUCUCUACACUUCAUGAACCCUUCGCAACCAAACCAAUAUUUACAAGCGUUACGAUCCGUCGGCGCUGUCUGCCAGGAUUACGAUUCCGAUAAAUUAUUUCCGGGUCUUGGGUUUGGGGCAAAAGUCCCCCCAUCGUAUCAAGUUUCCCAUGAGUUCCCGUUAAACUUUAAUUUUCAAAACCCUUUCUGUGCGGGUAUACAAGGUCUUGAACAAGCUUACCAAAUGUGCUUACCACAAGUUCAGUUAUACGGGCCCACGAACUUCACACCAGUGAUAAACCAUGUGAUGAGGUUUGCCGACCAAGAAUCAAAACAAUCGACCGCCUCGAAUUAUUACAUUUUGCUUAUUCUUACGGACGGUGUGAUAUCGGACUUCGUGCAAACCAAGGACGCGAUUGUUGCUGCAUCUCAUCUUCCAAUGUCGAUCAUCAUAGUCGGGGUUGGUGGAGCCGACUUCUCGGAGAUGAAUGCACUAGAUGGCGAUGAAGUGCGAUUAUGCGACAGAUCGGGCCGACAGUGCGCACGGGACAUCGUGCAAUUCGUCCCUUUUAGGGAAUUCCAAAACGCCCAGCACAGCCAGCUAGCUAAAUGUGUUUUGGCCGAACUACCUGACCAGGUUGUCUCAUAUUUUCGUACCCGAGGGUUAUCCCCUGCCAUAAUGAAACCAUCCCCCCAACAAUGGCCAACCCUGAACAGCUAGCGAAGCACGUCCUCGCAGAAGUUCCCACCCAAGCGAUAUCGUACUUCAAAACACGGGGUAUUCCCCCACUACAGAAGCCCACCCCGCCACCCCAGUUUUAAGCGACGUUAUUAACUUUUUAUACAAGAUGAUCAGGUUUUAUUUAAAAUACUCGUGCACUACCCAUACGUGUGGCUUAAUUGUAAAAUAAAAUAUCAUGGUUA